AUAAUUCCGCGGUCACACUGAACACUACCGCACGUGGAACAAAAUUUGGAAAACAACGCAAUUAAUUCGACAAAAAAGCAAAAGAAAACAUAAUGGAGGUGGAAAACAUUAAGGUGGACGCCUUUGUGCCGGCCAAGAAGGCACAGAAGCGCAGUGCGGCCAACAGCCAGGACACGCAGAUGCAGGUGGACGAAGCAACAGGCAUCGAGGGUCUCGUCGCUGGCACGACCCAAGCAUCGGCCCCACCUCGCGCGAAGCGGAUCAAGAGCGAGCUGAGAAAGGUGUCGGUGCCGCCGCACAGAUACUCCUCGCUCAAGGAGCACUGGAUGAAGAUCUUCACGCCCGUGGUGGAGCACAUGAAGCUGCAGAUCCGCUUCAACAUGAAGGCGCGCCAGGUGGAGUUGCGCGUCGGCCCGGAGACGCCGGACAUAGCCAAUCUGCAGAAGGGCGCCGACUUCGUGAAGGCCUUCCUCUGCGGCUUCGAGGUGGACGAUGCCCUGGCGCUGCUGCGUCUGGAGGAUCUCUUUGUCGAGACGUUCGAGAUCAAGGACGUGAAGACGCUGCGCGGCGACCAUCAAUCGCGCGCCAUCGGUCGUCUGGCCGGCAAGGGUGGCCGCACCAAAUUCACCAUCGAGAACGUGACCAAGACCCGCAUUGUGCUCGCCGACAGCAAGAUUCACAUUCUGGGCAGCUACCAAAACAUUCAGCUGGCGCGUCGUGCCAUCUGCAACCUGAUCCUUGGCUCGCCGCCCAGCAAGGUCUACGGCAAUCUGCGUUCCGUGGCCUCGCGCCUCUCCGAGCGCAUGUAGAACGGUCGCCCCUCUGGCUGUGAUCCCCCAUUAGGUUUGGGAAUGG